GGCCUGAAGCAGCGGCUAUAAAAGGACCUGGCUCGUCCGGCAACGGAGAGGAGACCUCUGAAAAUGCAGAACCACGUGCAGUUCCGUCUGGUCCGACUUCUGCUGCAGGCAUCUGUGCUGCUCUUCGUCAUCUGGCACCAUUGCCGGGCCAUGGACCUUCAGACAAGGCCAUGCCGAGAAGGCAGCGACGACAUCACGCGAUGUCCCAAAAGUUUUUUCACUCUGAAGAGGGACAACUGCGUGGAGCGACACUUUUGCUAUCUGCAGGUAAAUGAGACCUGUUUCGGCCAGGAGGAAAGUAGGUGUGCGCCAGGACUUACCUGUUCAUGCAACAGGUGCAUGAACUGCAACAUCCACUAUUGUGCCCUGGAACUCUGCACCCUACAUGAGUAUAAGAAACGCAUACCAAACCGCUUGCUGCCGUGGUUCAGACCUCGAUGGUUGGAACUGGCCGCCGACAAGUAACGUGACCCCAAAUGUGCAAACAACCGCCAGUUGAACAAUGGACCAAUCCCUUCAUUCUCCACAUACGUUUAUCAAAGUGUAUCUAACAAUUUGUAGCUGUAACCAUUUAACAAAUUAAUCGCGAAUAAAUGACAUGACCAUCGUAUUAACAGCAGUACGCGGUACUUACUUUCUGUUAAGUAACCUUUUGAUUUUUGUAUCAAUAUAUUGAACAUACGCUUUUAAUUUGGGAAAUAGUAGGACUAUUUUUGGCAGUCAUCCUUUAAUAAAAAUCGAAUAUAAAAAAAUAAAAUAAAAUGAGUCUGAACUCGGAGACCUUCUGGCAAAGCCUCUUGGAGCAUGUGAGCAUGGCCGAUAUCAUUAAAGAGAACACGGAGCUAAACAACCACAUAAAAAACGAUGUACAGAAAACAUUGCAGUUGAAAUUCCCAAAUACACCGCUUCAGGUGAGAUUGUUUGGCUCCCGCAUAAUGGGAGUGGGUCGCUCCGAAUCAGACCUCGAUAUAUUUGUAGUUAUAGGUAACUCUUCUGGAGUAUAUAACGAGAAGUUAACCCCGAAAGUACUUUUUAAUCUACGCACAAUCGUGAGUGCGAUCCUAGAUAAUAGAACUAAGUGGGAACUUACAGCCGUCAUAGAUCGCUUCUUUCCACUCGUCACUGCCGUCCAUAAAGGGACAAACAUUAAGUGCGACAUAAACUUCCUGAACAGAAUGUCUUGUGACCAGAACCAGUUGGUCAACUACAUCUUUAAGCUGCAGCCUAUUGCUCGCUACAUGGUGAUAUUUCUGCGGGCCUGGUCCCAAAAACACGGCCUUAGCAGAUGCUUUCGAAGCCAUAUCUUUAUAUUGUUGGUGAUUUUCUUCCUGCAAGUCCAGGGCCAUCUACCAGCCAUCAAAGAUCUUCAGACUGACCUUGUUCCCAAUGUCGCUCCAUGGACAUCAAACUUUCACGAAUUUCCGUUGUCAAAGUUUGGUAUGAGGGAAAUUGGAGUGAACGAAAACAAAACUCGCCAGAUCUUACACGAAUUCUUCAAGUUGUAUUCCACCUUUCCCUUUCACGAGUUGGUUGUUUGCCCCUAUUUGGGAAAGCGCAUUUUUCGCCGAAAGCUAAAGGACUUAAUGCCCCCAUGUUUCAAGUAUCCUGUAAAAUCUCCGGUGUUCAUACAAGACCUGAUACUCUUGGAUCAUAACAAAGGUCGCAUUAUAAAGCCGCAUAAUCUGUGGCACUUUCAGGACCAGUGCAGGAAUAUGGGUUAUAGAAAUAUGCAGAAACCCCAAUAGUACUGCUUAAGACAUAGGAUCUGAAUUAAAACAUUUCAACUGGUUCCACGUCCGUCCGACGAACGUCUUUGCAACCACCAGAGGGAAUAAUUUUCUUUGAUUAUUA